AUGAGAGAUGCCAAGAUUGUCACCCUCUAUAAGAAUAAGGGUGACAGAAGUGACUGCAACAACUACAGGGGCAUCUCUCUGCUUAACAUCGCAGGCAAGCUUUAUGCCAGCGUCUUGUUAGAGCGUCUCCAAAAGCUAGCGGAGCGUGUUCUCCCUGAGUCCCAAUGCGGCUUUCGCUCAGAACGAUCUACUAUGGACAUGAUCUUCUCUCUCCGCCAACUACAGGAAAAAUGCAGAGAGCAGCAAAUGCCCCUUUACAUCAUCUUCAUUGAUCUCACCAAGGCAUUCGACCUGGUCAGCAGGAAUGGGCUGUUUAACAUACUUCUGAAAAUUGGAUGCCCCCCAAGGCUGCACAGCCUGAUCAGAUCAUUUCAUGAUGACAUGAAGGCAACCAUCCAGUAUCAAGACAGUAUAUCAGAACCUUUCUACGUCAAAAGCGGUGUGAAGCAAGGCUGUGUCCUUGCUCCUACCCUGUUUGGAAUCUGUUUUUCCAUGCUCCUAAAACAUGCUUUUGGGACCGCUACUGAAGGGGUGUAUUUACACACCAGAUCAGAUGGGCGACUUUUCAACCUUGCAAGACUGAAAGCAAAGACUAAGGUGCACAAGGCCAUCAUUAGAGAUCUGCUCUUUGCUGAUGAUGCUGCCAUCAUCUCACACACUGAACAACAACUUCAGCGCCUCAUGGACAGAUUUUUCCAAGCAUGUGAUGAAUUCGGACUUACUAUUAGCCUGCAAAAGACAAAAGUGCUAAGCCAAGAUGUGGAUACUCCUCCUGUCAUUAUCAUUGACAGCCAUGUACUUUAUGUUGUCCGCCAGUUUACAUAUCUUGGGUCCACCAUCAGCGACAAUCUGUCCCUUGACACCGAGAUCAACAAGCGUAUUGGCAAGGCUGCAACAACCCUAGGCCGACUCACCACUCGUGUCUGGGGGAAUAGUAAGCUGUCUACUUCUACCAAAAUGGCAGUGUAUAAUGCCUGCAUUGUCAGCACUCUACUGUAUGGCAGUGAAACAUGGACAACAUAUACCAACCAAGAAUGA